AUGGUGACCAUUCUGCACGGCAGACGUUUGGCAUCAAGGCUCUUGGCCCACAGGCCGCGAAUUGCCCCGCAGGUUCGCACUGCGGUUGCUGCUCCGUUCCAGUACGAAGAGCUCUUUGACCUGCAUGCAAAUGAAGUCCCAACUCAGUACCGGAAGCUGUCCUCGGAUGGCGUGUCAACCUGCACCCUUCCAUCUGGGGAGAAGCUGCUGAAGGUGGAGUCGGAGGUGCUCGAGUCCUUGUCGCACCAGGCCAUCGUUGACAUCCAGCAUCUUUUCAGGCCUGCUCACUUGGAAAUGCUGUCAAACAUUCUCAAGGAUCCUGAGGCGUCGUCCAACGACCGCUUCGUGGCUUUGGAGCUUCUGAAGAAUGCCUGCGCCGCUUGGCUUUAG